AUAAGACUGUCGGCGUUCUAUUACAAUGCGCAGUGUCAGAUUACCACCUCGUCGACCACAAUCGAGCAUCACGUUGUUAGCGCUUGGAGAACUUGCUUCCACAGUUACAAUUUGUACAGUUACCUGAAGUGCAGUAAAGCUCGCGGAUCUUAUCAUUCAUUAUGGAGAACGUACGUGCAUCAAAUCGGGUUAACGAGAUUCGCAUCGAUAGCGACAAGACCACCAUCAAUUUUGUGAAAGAUGCACCAAAGAUUACGAGAUACUCGUUGGCCGAUUUGGCUGACGGAUCCAGCAACAGUAUGGAUUAUCAUAUCGAGAUAAUUAAUAAGGAUAAUAAACUGAGAGUGCUGAAAUUCUUAAGGAGGUUCUUCUUCAGAGACGAGCCGCUGAAUCAGAGCAUUCAAUUAAUUCCGGAGGGUGAAGACAGUACUUGUGCGGAACUGGAGGAAUACUGUUGCAAUGCAUCAUUUGAAAAUAACAUGAGUCUAAUGGCAGUUUCCGCGAAUGGUACAAUUGUUGGAGUUCUGCUCAAUGGCAAAAUGGAUAAUCUUCUAUCAAAUGAAGAACCAGAAUAUAUACGUUCGUGUAAAAACGCGAAAUUUAAGAAGAUAUUGAGAUUACUGCAUCACCUGGAUAAAAGUGUGAACAUGGGUGGACGGUUUCGAGAUUCUAAAAUUCUGGAGGUCAGAAUAAUUUCGGUGGACACAAAUUGGAGAGGAAGAGGUGUCGGGACGACUUUGAUGGGAAAAACAGCGGAAAUGGCAAAGGAACAAGGAUAUCAUUAUCUCAGGGCAGACUGUACGUCCAUUUUUUCCGCUAAGAUGUGCGAACGACUUGGUUACGAUCAGAUAUAUAAAAUUAAUUAUAAGGACUACGUGGAUGAGGACGGAAAACCAAUCUUUUCACCUGUAUUACCACACGUAGCGGCUGUCUCAUAUGUAAAGAAAUUAUAAAAAUAAAGUUGGAAGAUAUAGAAUUGAAGAGAGAAGUAUACAUCUGGAAUGAACAAAAAUUUGUGUAAAGAAUAAUAAGAAAAUAGCAAUAUAUUAUUAUCUUAUGUCGUUUAUAUUAAAAAUGUAUAGCAGUGUUUUUAUUGUAAAAAAAAUAAUUAUUGGGAUAUCUCGAAUAAGUUCUUGCUGUUUUCCAACUGCGUGCGUGUAGUUGAAGAUGGGAACACAUCGAUAAGGAACUAUGAUAAGCAAGCUUGAAAUUCAGUGUAUGUCAUCUUGUCGAAGUGUAAAUAACUUUUCGUUUCAUAGUGUUAAACAUGUCGAGUUUCGUGCCAACAAAAGAGUAUUUGCGGGGAAUUUUACUACACUACUUUAUUAAAAAAAAAUCUGCAGCCGAAGCACACAGAAUUCUUGUUUAGACUUACGGUGACCAUGCUCUGUCGGAAACAACAUGCAGAGAUUGGUUUAGACGCUUCAAAAAUAAUGAUUUUGAUGUUGAAGAUAAAGAACGCUCUGGCGCACCGAAAAAGU